CGUUUUUCUUGCUCCUUAAAGACAGAGAGUCAGAGUCAGAGUUAGACAGUACUGCACUGGAACAGUGUACUAUAUUUGGAGAUUUUACAUCUGGACUUACAUCUAAAGGAGAAAUGACUCUUCUGCCUACAAGCAUCCCUGCUAACUUCAGUGAGGCUAUAUAUGGAGCCCAAAACAACACAACAAUAACUAAUUGUUCUCCAGGACAAGAACCAGGAUGGAUCGCCACUGUCGUGCCGGUUUAUAUCCUGGUCAUCUCUGUGCUGGGGAUUGUGUUUAAUGUGUUUGUUAUGCUGGUUUUCUGCCUCCAUAAGAAGCCCUGCACUGUGGCUGAGAUCUACUUGAGUAACCUGGCUGCUACUGACCUUAUGCUCAUGACUUGUUUGCCCUUCUGGGCUGUCAACGUAUCCAGGAACUAUAGAUGGACUUUUGGUCCCUUCAUGUGCAAAUUCGUCAACACGGGCAUUAAUAUGAAUGUCUAUUGUAGCAUCUACUUCCUCGUUCUGAUUAGCAUAGAUCGCUAUUUGGCACUGGUGCAUACAAUGUCCCUUAACAUAAUGCGUACCCGAAAAUGUGCUAAACUGGGCUGUCUGCUGGUGUGGGGUUUGGGCUUACUCCUGAGUGCCCCCACAAUACACUACAGGGUACUAAAAUAUGAGAAUAAUUGUACUACAUGCAUUCUUAACUAUGAAGGUAAUACACAGUUGGUGUUUGAGGCACUACUGAUUACAUUCAGCUUUAUCAUACCUAUUUCUAUUAUUUCCUACUGCACUGUCAGGAUUAUUAACUCUUUGAGAAAUCGGUUUCUGGAGCAGUCAAACAGCCAGACAACAGACCACAAGGCCACCAAUCUGAUGUUGGCAGUCCUUCUGGCUUUUCUGAUCUGCUGGUUGCCAUUCCACCUGUAUAAGACGGCAGGAAUGCUCUGGAGAGCUGGGAUCCUGUCAUUGAACAUCCAAAGCUUUAGCAUCUGCUCCCACAUUGUCAUGUACUUAGCCUUCUUCAACAGUGUUCUCAACCCCAUCCUCUACGUCAUUGUAGGAAAGAACUUCCAGAAGAAAGUUAAGGAAGUCUUCAAGCAGCAAAGACGUAAAAUGACUUUAAACAUGACCUCCGUACGCUCAAGCCUGACGAGAAGCACAAAAACGAACGGCCGAUUGCCCAGAUCAGAUCUUCAGCAUGACUGUAGGUAGUGACAGUGGCUAAUGAUACAACGGCUAUAGCACUGGUAUGGACAUAUUUAGAUGGCAAAUGGAUUUGACAUCUUGUUGACAUUCUCUGCUCAUAUAUUCAGAUAUGAGGCUCAAAUUACUGCAUCUGGCCUCUCUUACCUCUAUUUGACACAAUAAUAACACUGCUACAUAAUUUAAAAGCACUAACAGCUUGUGUAUUAUCCUGCUGAACUAAUGACACAAUUAAGGAAGUAAUGUACAAGAAGAGAUGGAAAUGUGUGAUGACAGGAAAGUGUUUCUGUGUAACCGCAAAUAUUUACUAAGAUGUUCGUGCUUUGUGUGCAUGUCUAUGGUGUCUGAUUUCAUGUGUGUUUUCAUAUGGUGUUACUCUGACCGUCUUGUUAUAUCUUGAUGCUAAACAAAUACAAACCAACAAUUUACACUCCUACAUUUGCAGGCUUGUAUAACUAGCUUUUCCUGCUCUCAAGCUGCUUGUGGUCUGUCACAGCUAUGUCCACAUUCAGGCAGGCUAAAAAUGCAGGCAAAUUAUUAGCUACUAUGUAUCUGUAGAUGUAUGUGGGAUCUGGUGGGGGGUUCUGUUUCAUUGUCUUGAAGUUUUUGGUUGUUGUUUUUUUGUUCUUUUUUCAUACAUUGACAUGUUUAUGCUCAUAUUUGUACAUUUUGGAUUAUAAUGUACAGCACACUGAGUUGAUGUAAUGACAUAUGCUCUAUAAAUAGAAUUGCCAUCACCAUCCUGUUGACAUGUUGUACCACAUAGGGAGCAACUUUAGGAUACGAGACUCAAAGUCUCGGAUGUGCCAUUCAGUUACU